AACACAACAAUUCAGUUAUAAACCCGCAAUCAUGGCUGUUACAGACGAACCGUUAAACAUGAUUUUGUCACUACUGAAAGACGAAAAAAGACUAUUUUAUGUGAUUUCUUUAAUAUAUAUUGUAUGGGGGAUUAUAAUUUUUCUGUCUCUACAAUUUGUCACAGCACCUUAUGGACGAUAUACGAGUGGAAGUUGGGGUUUUGGUGUCAAUCCGAAGUUUGCCUGGGUUGUUCAAGAAAUGCCAUCUUUUCUAAUACCAAUUUAUGUUCUGUUCUAUACUGACUGCCCACAGAUACGUUCUACACCAAAUCUUAUAUUGGUUAGUUUAUAUCUACUUCACUAUUUUCAAAGGAGUUUUAUAUUUCCAUUCUUGAUUCAAGGAGGAAAAAAAACGCCAGUUAUAACCUUUGUAAUGGCUGUUAUGUUUUGUGGGGUAAAUGGUUAUCUUCAGGUUGGAGAUCUGGCAAAAUAUGAAGAAUAUGGGCUAAAUUGGCUGUCACCCCGAUUCUGUUGUGGUUUGAUUCUGUUUUUUAUUGGUAUGUUUAUUAAUAUUCAGUCUGAUGGUAUAUUAAGAAAUCUGAGAAAACCUGGGGAAACUGGAUACAAGAUACCUAGAGGUGGCAUGUUUGACUACGUAUCAGGUGCUAAUUUUCUAGGAGAAAUUAUUGAAUGGUCUGGUUUUGCCCUAGCUGCAUGGUCUCUUCCUUCUUUUGUUUUUGCAUUUUUUACAAGUUGUAACAUUGGACCAAGAGCUAUUCAUCACCACAGAUGGUAUAAAAAGAAGUUUGAGGAUUAUCCAAGAGAUAGAAAAGCUUUAAUACCAUUCAUUUUGUAAUAUUGUUCAUUUUUCUAUUUUGAGUAUUUAUACCAUUGCUGCCAUUUUAUGCAGAGUAUUUCAAAUGUGAUUAUGUUUUAGCUUAUUUUUUAGAGGAACUUUUUUUUAAAAUCAGAUUAUGCUUUAUACAUAGUGUAUUUUUUUAUUAUUGUUUUCUACUUAAACGACAGCAAUCAGGGGUGUGUUCAGUAAGUAGAGCAGCUGGGGUGUGUUCAGUAAGUAGAGCAGCAGGGGUGUGAUCAGAAAUUAGAGCAGAAGGGGUGUGUUCAGUAAGUAGAGCAGCAGGGGUGUGUUCAGAAAUCAGAGCAGCAGGGGUGUGUUCAGUGAGUAAAGCAAUAGGGAUAGGUUCAGGAUGCAUAGGAUUAGAGUUGAGUGAGGUCAAAGCAGCAGAAAUGCUCUGCAUAUGUUUGUUUGGGGCAUUUUUUCUGGUUAUUUGGAUCAAUUAAGUAGGAGAAAAAAAUGCCCCAAUCUAAUUAAAACACAGAUCCAAUUUCGUUUCGUUUUUUAUAGUUCAAAAUUUUGUUUUUACUUGUCUUUACUACAUUUGGAUCUGAAAGACUUGUUAUUUAACUCGUGUUCUGCUUUAAAUGAGGGGUCAGCCAAUCAAAUGGUCUGUCAAAUCGAGCGUUUGACCUUUUUUGCGCGGAACUGUGGGUAGACAUUACCAGCGAUAGAAAUCAAAACAAAGCAAAAGUAGAUUUUAAAAAGCAUGGCGGUCGCUAAUUGGUUAAUCGAAUUACUGACGUUAUUGCGUCAAAUGUCGCUUGCUUGGUACCUGACGUCAUAGAACGUGAACUCCCACUAUAACUUGUUAGAUCUACAUGUAGUGUAGGCCAUCGAAAGUAUAAAAAACGAAACGAAAUAUAGAUCUAUAUUUUAAUUAGAUUGAAAAUGCCCUGUACUAAAUUUAGUUAAUAUUAUAACACAUACUAUUUUACUUACUUGACUGUUAUUACAAUCUUAUUAAAGUUACUUAUCAUUUA